ACCCUGCGGGCGCAGAUGUAAUGGCGGAAAAAGUUGAGCUCAACUUUGCUGAAAGCUGGAUCAUAAAAAUACAUUUUUGGGCCUUUAAUCUAGUAAACAGCACAUUUGGCACCAUGCUAGAGGCCUUGCCAUGGAGUGCAUUCCAGGACGACACAACUCACUUUUGGGUACAUUAUGGGCUGUGCAUUUUUGGUUUCGUACUUGCAGUAAURACAAUGAUUGUACAAUUCUCUAAACCUGCGCCAUAUGGAAAACAUGYCAAUGAUAACACUAACUGGGGCGUAAUGGUUCAUCAGCGACUAGCGCAUACACUAUCUGAUGCACCRCCAGGAGUCAUUCUAUUUACUCUUGUUUUCUUUCUCUAUGGAGUACAGAGGGRAUUCGUCAAUAUUAUAUUCUAUGUGCUAUGGAUGUGUCAUUAYAUCCAUCGAGGUAUCAUACACCCUUGGAUCAUGAACUACAGCAGUGCCAAGACGCCAAUAGGAAUCCCCAUAGCUGGGCUAUUUCCCAAUUUCCUCUACAGCUACUUAAAUGCUGAUUGGAUCAGCUCAGCAUUAUAUGUACGUGACUAUUACAAGGACCCAAGGUUAAUUACUGGUGUAGUUCUGUUUGUUAUUGGGUUUUGUAUCAACCGUGCUGCAGAUUUCAAACUCCGAAACCUCAGAUCUGGAGGAAAUACUGGGUAUUUAAUUCCUCAAGGUUGUCUCUUCAAGCUCGUUUCCUGUCCUAAYUAUUUUGGAGAAAUGCUUGAGUGGUUUGGUUGGGCAGUUGGGACCUGGUCRGCAGCUGGUUUGGUUUGGUUUUUGUUUGGAUGUGGUACUUUUGUUCCAAGGGCAAAACAAAAUCACAAUUGGUACAAGGAGAGAUUUCCAGACUAUCCCAAAGAUAGGAAAGCAUUAAUACCAUUCAUAUAUUAAACAUGAUGUUGAUGACGUUGAGACCAGGAAAUUGGAUGGCUCCAAGCUUAAUACCAGUAUACAGUUGCAAUACAUUGCUGGUGUGCAUCAUUGGUUUAAURCAAAAUUUAUAUAUUUUCCAUGUCAAAUGUAUGUAUGCAUGUUUAUUUUGAUUCACAGUUUUUCUGUUAGUUUUUGAUCCUCUUCAUUAAUUAAGGAAGUUCAUCGCAAAAUUCUUCCUGGGAUUUGCUUGUGACGCUGUUGAAAAAAGAUAGUUUAAACUCAUUAAAGUAUAUGUAAUUUUUGCUUUAUAUUAUCAUCACCUCCYAUGCAGCUACUUAUAGUAUUGUCAUGCAACCUUGUUCGGGGAAGGAAGUGUUGCUUGUCAUUGCCGAUUAGAACUUAUCGUGAUUUUGAGCCACUAAUUUGGGUUUAUAUUGAUGACUAGUUGGGGGAAAUAUAUCCCUGUUUUGGCCAUAGUCUCCAAUACAGGAUAUAUAUUUUCUUUUAACGCCAUCAAUAUAAACUCGUAUUGUUAGCUCAAAAUCACAAUAAAUUUUCUAUCAUGAUUAUCCUAUCGCAAGGUAAUUCUGAGCCAACAGUACGGGUAAACAUUGGCAGCUCUCUCCUAUMAAACUCAUAGGAGAAUCAAGAUACUAUUAUCGAUAGCAACAAAAAUUCUCGUAUUUAUACUUUUAAUAAUAUCCAGAGAAAAUGAAGACACUAAAAGCAAUUGUAGGACUGACAUCAGAAGUAAUCUUUCUCUCCUAACCUCAUCCACGCUUUCAUUCGAAAUUAGACRGACCUAAGAAGACUGAUUACAAAGUAUGCAGAAUAUAUACGUAACAAGCUAGGCAAAUGCUUAGUCAGGUAAGAAUAGGUUAAAUAUCUGCACUCGGAGUACACACAACAAACCUGUGAAAGAGCAUUGAAAAUAAGUAACAUAACAUCCUUUGCUUUCAAUGAACCCCUCUUUACAUUGUCUUUAAUGCAAGGCUCACAUGAAGACACAAAAGAAAUGCUACAAACUCCAUUGAGAAAAUGUGUUAUUUCUUUUGUAUUCCAUGUUAGCCUUGCAUUCAAGACAAUUUUAAGAAGAGUCCAUUGUUUAACACUGUUGUUUAGAGCUAAUUAAGAGUUUUUUCUUGGAUUUAUUGUGUUCACUUUAGUGUGCAGUAUAUAGUACUCGUCGCAAGCUUAUUUUUCGUCAUAAUGUUUGAUACAUGAAAUUGGUGUAGACAGCAAUGAAUGUUGACCUUAACUGAAUAGGAAGUAUAGGAACAACUUACCCAAAAUAUGCAGGAUUGUUCAUGGCUCCAGCUUGGUACCUAACAAUGUAACAAAGUCCAUCAGAUUUAAGUUUCUAUYGUUGCAUAAUGCUACAAGCCCUGUCAAAAUUGGCAGUGUUUGCUAUACCAAAAUAAAGCUACCAUUCCAAACUGA